UAGUUACACUGUAAUGUGGGUUUCUAGAACAACAAAUGUUUGCUGGUGCUUUUUUCCUUUACUGGGGAAUUUGCAGUUUAUGGCAGGUUAGCCAGUGCAGCUGAGUACGUCAGGGUGUCAAGUCCAGGUGUUAUCUUUGUGGAGAAGCUGGCGGAGCAGGUGCUGAAUUGUGACUGUGUAUUCAGACCAUCUCCACACUUCACACAGACCUGAGAUGAAGAGGGAGGUCGUUUAUCUCCUGGCCCUGCUGCUGACUAUCCAACGGGCCAUUACGUUGGGGGCAAGUGUGUGCACAGGACAAAGAUGUGACUUUGUGUGUGACUGCGCUGACUGUAACGAUGAGCACGACUGUGGUUAUGGAGUGAAAGACUUUGUGUGUGACUUUGAGCAAGCUGGGAUGUGUGGCUGGGCAGACAAGUCAUCUGAUCUCGGCUACACCUGGGAGAGGCGUCAGAGGGGAGAUCCCCUCCCUGACAGUGGACCCUCCUCUGACUACACCAUUGGCACCUCCACAGGCUGGUUUAUGGCAGUGUCAGCGGUGAGGGCGGAGUCUCCCAGCAGCGCUGUCUUGAUGUCUCCUAUGAUGAGCCAGUCCUCGUCGACCUGCCGUCUUCGACUCCACUACUUUAUGUGGGACUCAGGUUACACAGGGCUGGGGAAAAGGUCUCUCUGGGGCUCAGUGUGGAGGCCUGACAGCCAGGAGGCGGUGGUGUGGAGGCCAGAGAGCUUGAGUGUUCGUGCAUGGAGGGAGGACACCAUCUUCUUGGGCCGCAUUCCUGGCCCCUUUCGCGUUCGGCUUCAUUCGCUCCGUCGAGAUGGGAGAAGAGGGGAUUUGGCCGUUGACCAGCUGGAAUUUCUGGACUGCGCCCUGCCAGGUGAGCCCAGUGGACAGUGUGGCCCGGGUGAUGUGAAGUGCAAGCGGGGUGGCUGCGUGGAGCGUCGCGCAGCAUGUGACGGCACGGACGACUGCGGAGAUGGAACGGAUGAAGAGAACUGUGGUGGAUACCUAGGCUGUGACUUUGAAGAUGGCCUGUGUAAUUGGGACUUAAGAACAUUGUCACCACUAAAGUGGAUAAGGACAAGUCAGAUGAAUAUAUCAUUGUCUGAGCCUCUGAGAGGACCUGGGAGAGACCACUCCACCAAUUCUGUUUCAGGCCAUUUCCUGUAUGUUACCAAGAAGGCUGGGUUGAAAGCUGAUUGGGCAUCUUUCCAAAGCCCUCGUCUGGCACCAACCAAUAGUACACAUCCCUGUCGUAUGGUGAUGUACACGCACCAGUUUGGCAGGGUGUCUGGGGGUCUGUCAGUGCUAGUGGCAGAGAAAGCGAUCUACCCAGUGUGGGAGCGCGGGGGCUCUCUGGGUGAUGUGUGGGUCAAGGCAGAGGUGGAAUUUGUCAUCAAUAGCACAUUUCAGAUACUGUUUGUCGCUGCCACUAGGGACCAGGCAUACGGAGGCAUCGCUAUUGAUGACAUCACGCUAUCCCCGGAAUGUCACUUCUCCAAUGAGCCCAUGCCGAGACCUUCAUUUCCCAGGCCACCCAAACACCCCUGCACAGAGGACAGCAAGAUGUGUGACUUCCAGGAGGACUGCAUUGACGGAGAGGAUGAGGCACAGUGUGGUGACUUCUCCUAUGAACAGGGUAGUAAAGGCUGGACAGACACUAGUAUAGGAAGCCAAAGCUGGGAGCUAAAGCGUGAACUUAAUAAUGCCUCCACAGAGGAGUUCUUGUAUGUGAAGGAAUCCCCUGGUCAACAGCUGACUGAAGCCCAGACCCGCAGUCCUCUGCUGGGCCCCUCCGGCCCCGCCUGCACCCUGCACUUCUCUUAUAGGGUCACAGGCAGUAACCCACACACAGGUGACGUGUUUGUAGCUGUAGUAGACAGCGUGUUGGGCACUCUACCCUGGUUAUGGGAGUUCAGUGGGAGGACAGGUCAGGACCCUGCAUCAUGGAUAAAGGAGGAGGUCUAUAUCGGAGCCAGAGAUCAUCGCUUCCAACUGGAGUUCAGAGGUCGUGCUCAAAAGCUUGGCCACGAUGCAGCCAUAGCAGUAAAGGAUGUUUCUUAUGUCAGCUGCCACCCAAAUUAUAUCCCCUCCACGUCUGGUGAGCUGUCCUGUGACUUUGAGAAAGACUUAUGUGGUUGGUACCAAGAUCAAAUAGAUAACUAUGACUGGAGGGCGGUGAAUGGGACAGACCACACUACUGGCACUGGUAGAAGUCUAGUUGUGGAUAUGUGGGACCCAACACUGCGGGGCCUCUAUGGUCAUCUCCUCUCUCUUCAUCAGCAUACGCUGACCCAGCACUGUCUGACCUUCUUCUAUAAGCUCUAUGGCCCCCAAACAGGUGCCCUGAAUGUUAAGGUUGUGUAUGCGGAUGGCUCAGAGGUGCUGUUGUGGACCCGUGGGGGUGCCCACGGCAACCUCUGGCAUGAAGGACAUUGCCCCGUGCCCCCACAACUCACUGCCUACCAGUUGGUGUUUGAAGCGGUACGCUCAGGCUUUGAUGGGCAGGUGGUUAUAGAUGAUGUGGAAUUUGUACAAGGGCCAUGUUCUCUGCCUACGAUGUGCUCAUUUGAGGGCCAGCUGUGCGGUUACAGCAGGAGUGGAGCUGCUCUCUGGAACCACCAGAACUGGGCCUCCACCAGAAUUGGCCCUAAGACGGACCACAGCCUCGAGACAGAGAUGGGGUACUAUAUGCUGGCUCACAGCAGUGUGGAGGUCCUUCCUCAGGGCAGUGUAAUGACCCUGACCUCCCCUCUACACCAGAGUGUGGGUCACACUGAAUGUGUCCACUUCUGGUACCACACUGGUGGACAAAACCCAGGCACUCUGCGUGUGUAUGUAAAGCCUGUGAAGGGGAUCAAGACCCUGUUGUUCUCCAGCAGUCUGAGCCAGGGAGACGUAUGGCACCUGGCCAUGGGCAACAUCCGCUGGUAUGGAGACUGGCAGUUGCAGUUCGAAGUGAAGGGAAGUGGAGACAUAAGCACUUAUAUUGCGGUUGAUGACAUCACCUUCUCAACCCACAGUUGUCCUGCUACAGAUGAGAUGUGUGACCUGGAGAGAGGGCUGUGUGGAUGGACCAACACUCAGAGCCACUCUCUAGACCGCUUGGACUGGGAUCUAAGCAGCCUGCUGACUGAACCUCACUACCCCACACCACAAUAUGACCACACACUGGGAAACAAGAGUGGUCACUUCCUGUUCCUUCCAUCCUCUCCUCGAGACACUGCUAGCCAAAAUGCCUGGCUACUGAGCCCUCAUCUUCCCCCCACCAAAGGCACCUGUUUGCAGUUUUGGGCAUAUCAGUCUGUUGCCAAUGACAGCAAGUUGACAGUGUGGAGGCUGAGCGAAGGGUUCAGGGAUGAGCUGCUGAGUAUGACUGAAGCCGGGCCCAGUUGGAGGCACUUCCACACCAACAUCACAUCUGAGAGGGAGUACCAGAUUGUGUUUGAAGGUCUUAAAGGGAUUAAGGGUGUUCUUGCUCUGGAUGACUUUGGGUACACUGUGGGAGUCAACUGUGCCGGUGAACACACAGACCAGACACGUAAGACCCGUCCAUCACAUGACCUCACAGCGGCUGUCGUUGCCUCUGUCGUGGUGGCAGUCCUCUUGGUUCUGACAGUGUCUGGCUUGCUGGUGUUCUACCUGAGAAGGCACGGGCACAUCAAAGCUCAGGCAAAGGAUCUCAGGUCUGAAUUUUUCAAAUGACCUCUACAACUCCAGACGUACGGAGCUGGAGGAACAAGCAUGCCCUAGGUUGUCAUAGUGACCGUGGCCUUCACAUGAUGUCACAGCAGAGGAAAACUCUGUAGGGUGAAGCACUUAACAGCCGUACCCAAGAACAUUUAGAGAGCAGAAGAAGGCUUUCAUUUUUGCAGUAUCUGUACCAAUUUGAAAAGAGCCAGGCAAGCUGGGACUUAAGGUGAUGCAGAAACAUGAAAGGGCUCAUUCCAAUAUGUGCAAUUUAAUAUUUUAUCUGGAUUUUUCUUGGUCUGAUAUUGUUAA